AACGUGCGCUGCAGGAGGGCGCGCGUAGAGCGCAGGCGCAGAGCGAGGCCCUGCCCUCCCCAGGGACUCAUUGUGCAGCAACCGGAUUGACUUCUUCUCGUGCGCGCGGGCCAGCGGGAUCCGUGUCGCCCUUCCCCCUCUUCUUACUUCACAAGCAAGCGCGAGCCUGAUAGGGGACAGAGCCGUCCACUCCCUCGGCAGGAAGGGGUUUGAGACCGCUCGCGUCGCGGCCCUGUGCGCCAACAUCACAACCUUCCCCCUCCUUCCUUUUUCCUCUCUCUCUCGCGGCCUCGCUCCCUUCCAUCUUCUUUCCCCCUCCCACUCCCCCGCGAUUCCCCUCACGGCCCUCACGUUGCCUCCGGGGCUCGAGGCUUUCCCUCCCCCCCUCCCGAGGCGCCGGCUUACAGAGGGGACGAGGCGGCCAAACGGCGCGUCCUCCCGGAGGAUUCAUUCCGCGGCAGCAGGUGGGAUCGAGGCCCACGUUACAGGCGUUUGUUUUGCUGACGCGCGCAGGCGAAGCCAACGGAACGCGGGUGUGUGGGGGACGCGUCUGCCUGCCUCCCCCCACUGUUUCCCAGCAUUUAACUCUUCCACAUUUCCGCGACGGCCUGCCCGCCAGCCAGUUUCCCCUUCCGGGCCGGCAGGAGCGCACGGCGUUGCCUGUCUCGCGGGCUCAGCCUGAAACAGCCGCACUCUCUGCGUGCCGCGGCUGGGUGACUGAUCGGUGACCCUUCGCCUUUUUCUUUUUUUCUCAUUUUUAACUCGCCGCUUCAGGCAGCGUAAAGGCGGCCCGGGGAGACGCGCGCGCGCACGGGGGAAGAGUCUCGGCCGCCCUCCCCCCUUCUCUCCUUUUUUCCACCCUUUCGCUCAACGGCCUUGAACGCGUGCUGAGGAGGAGCAGGGGGCUGCCUUCAUCUCGCGGCGUCCGGCCCUUUUUCUCGCUGCCGCCGCCAGCGCCAUGUUGAAACAGCCGCUGCCGCCGCCCUCCCCUCAACCUGCUGCGCCCUCCUCGGGCCCCCCGCCUCCGACCACGCCGACGCCGCCGCCUCCGGCCGCUGCCGCCGCCGUUGCUGCCGCCGCCUCCCGCAAAGCCAACCCGCCCCCUGCCAGCCCCAACGGGAACCUCAGCCCCGGGGCCGCGGGCGGACCGAGAGCCACGAUGAUGGCUCCCCCUGGUAGCGGAGGAGGAGCCCCCCCUGGAGGAAGCGGCACCAGGGGUCAGAGUACAGGCAAAGGACCUCCACAGUCUCCUGCUUUUGAGGGUGUUUAUAACAAUUCCCGAAUGCUGCACUUUCUAACAGCAGUUGUGGGAUCAACAUGUGAUGUGAAAGUGAAAAGUGGAAGCACAUUUGAAGGAAUUUUUAAAACCUUGAGUUCUAAGUUUGAGCUGGCUGUGGAUGCUGUUCACAGGAAGGUGCCCGAUCAGCCAGUAGGGCCAAGGAGGGAGGAUAUUGUAGACACUAUGGUUUUCAAGCCUGCUGAUGUCAUGUUAGUACACUUCCGCAAUGUUGACUUUAACUACGCCACCAAAGAUAAGUUCACAGAUUCUGCCAUUGCCAUGAAUUCUAAGGUGAACGGGGAGCACAAAGAGAAAGUACUACAACGCUGGGAAGGAGGAGAUAGCAACAGUGAUGAUUAUGACUUAGAAUCAGAUAUGUCUAAUGGCUGGGACCCAAAUGAGAUGUUCAAAUUCAAUGAGGAAAAUUACGGUGUGAAGACAACAUAUGAUAGCAGUCUUUCAUCAUAUACAGUCCCUCUUGAGAAAGAUAACACAGAGGCAUUUCGGCAACGAGAGGCCAGAGCUGCCCAGCUGGCACGAGAAAUUGAGUCAAGCCCACAGUAUAGACUGCGCAUUGCCAUGGAAAACGAUGAUGGGCGCACGGAAGAAGAGAAGCACAGUUCAGUGCAAAGACAAGUGUCUGGAAGAGACAGUCCCAGUCUGGCUUCCAGAGAAGGCAAAUAUAUACCACUUCCCCAGCGUGUCAGAGAAGGUUCCAGAGGAGGCAUACGCUGCAGUAGUUCUAGAGGAGGGAGGCCAGGCAUGGGCUCCUUACCGCCCCGUGGGAGUUCACAUCAUUCAGAAAGCAACACUGGCUCUGUUCCAGAGCAACGAGGUAUCAAUGGAGGUCCAUCCAGAAUGUCUCCAAAAUCUCAACGACCCAAUCGAGGGGCGAAGAGUAUGUCUUCCCCAACCAGCAGACCCAUGGAAGUCUCCACUGCAUCUCCUACAGUGGGCCGUCUCUACGCUCCACGUUCACCGAAGUCUGCCUCAGCGGUUCCAGUCUCUUCCCAAGAUCCCCCUGUGGGACCAGCUAUCCCUAUUGAUCCUGCAUCACCUUCUGAGUCAAGGCCUACUAUGGAAUCUAGUGCUUCCCCAACCCCUCCUUCACCUAAGGUCCCAGCAUCUAUCCCAGUAGCUGCUGUUGAAGUUAAAGAGGUGCCUAGCUCUGCCACCAAAGAAGCCAGCAGGACUGUAGAAGUUAUGGGACCCUCAGACUUGGUCAAACAGACUAGCAAAGGUCUCCAAAAUGAACAGAAGAGGAAUCAGCUUGAGGAGCUGAGGAAGUUUGGAGCCCAGUUUAAGUUACAGCCCAGCUCCUCUCCAGAGGCCACCCAUGAUCCCUUCCGGCCUAAGGAGUCUCUUGAAGGGAAGGUAAAAGACAAACUUCCAGAGGUGUUGGUUGGGACAGGGGGCUCGUGUGAAGUGCCUGAAGAGUCUCCCAAGCCCAGCCUGGAGUUCUGUGAAGGCAGCAGCAAGGAGGAGAAAGGGUCCUCUGAGGGCACGGAGCGCCAGACCCAGACGGCCAGUCCUCUGGGUAAAGGGGAAGCGGAGGACAAGGAAGACGGCCCCGUCUCAGAGCAGGUGAAGAAAUCAACGCUGAAUCCUAAUGCGAAAGAAUUCAACCCCUCAAAGACUCUUCUUUCGGUGAACAAAUCAACGAGUACGCCAACAUCACCGGGGCCGCGCACGCAUUCUACACCCUCCAUUCCAGUGAUUACACCGGGGCAAAGUGGCAUGUACAGCACACAGUAUAUUUCUUACAUCCCACAGAUUCACAUGAGCCCCGCUGUGCAGACACCUCAGAUGUACCCUUAUCCUGUUUCCAAUUCUGUGCCUGGACAGCAGGGGAAGUACCGAGCUAAAGGGUCUCUACCCCCCCAGCGUUCAGACCAGCACCAGCCAACCUCAGCUCCUCCCAUUAUGCAAGCAGCUGCUGCUGCAGGGCCCCCUCUGGUAGCUGCUACCCCAUACUCCUCAUAUAUCUCCUACAAUCCCCAGCAGUUCACAGGACAGCCUACUAUGAUGCAGCCCAUGGCCCACUAUUCCUCGCAGCCUGUGUUUGCCCCCAUGCUGCAGAGCAACCCCCGUAUGAUGACAUCUGGCAGCCACCCCCAAGCUAUUGUCUCAUCAUCUACUCCACAGUAUCCCCCGGCAGAGCAACCGACGCCCCAAACUCUUUAUGCCACAGUGCAUCAGUCGUAUCCCCAUCAUGCCACACAGCUGCAUCCGCAUCAGCCUCAACCAGCUACCACACCCACGGGCAACCAGCAGCAAACACAACAUGCCGCCCCCAGCCCUGUGCAGCACCAAGCUGGACAGCCACCUCAUUUGGCCGGUGCUCAGCAGCAGCAGAACCUUUACCACACAGCUACGCUGACAGCUACACCACCAUCCAUAACACCAGGGCCCAGUGCUCAGUCUCCACAGAGCGGUUUCGCACAGCCGGCAGUUUAUGCCAUUCAUGCCCAUCAGCAGCUGCAGCACGGAUAUACCAACAUGGCCCAUGUCACUCAGGCCCAUGUCCAGACUGGAAUUGCAGCUGCCCCACCACCUCACCCUGGAGCUCCACAAGUCAUGCUCCUGCAUCCCUCACAGACUCAUGGUGGACCCCCUCAAGGAGGUGUGCCCCAGAGUGGCGUGCCCACCCUUUCAGCCUCCACGCCAUCCCCCUACACGUACAUAGGGCACCACCAAGUUCAGUCUCAUCCCUCCCAGCAGCUUCCAUUCCACACCCCUGGGAAUUGAUGUCCACGCUUCUCCCUGUGACCUGAGACCCCAGCCAGCUAUGGCUCUGUUGCUGGCCCCCAAGCCUGGGCCAUCCCUUGUGCCCACGGCAGAGGCCCCCGAAGGGAUGCAGUCUGGCCCAGCCCCUCGGCAAGCACCUUCCUUUCCAUUGGUUUAGUGAAGCCUGCCCAGGGUACUGUUGGCCAGCGGGAUGGAGCAAGACCCCUUCCCAUUGCCCGGAGGAGGGCAGGGUUUAUUUUCUGUUAUUUAUAACUCCACUGGGGUUCCUAGAGCAAAUGCCACUUUCCCACAUUAACUUGACAAGGACAUGACCAUAUGGACAAAUCUUGACUUUUUAUUAAGUAAAAAUAUUUAAAAAGUAAAAAAAAAUAAAAUUUUAAACUAACUAAUGUUGGGCUUGGGGUGAAUGUGUGGGAGGGCCAGUUUGCAAAGAGUAAUCCUUAUUUGUGCAGUAUCAGGGAGGAAGACUUUGUGAUCUUUCCCACAUAUGUAGCUCAUCCAGACUCGGAGGACUGUUUUUGAAUUCAGCAUUACUGUCUAGCAGCAUUAUAAUUCUUCCUCUCUGAAAAUAGAUCACCAAGGGUUGGUAGUUUGAGUGACAGUGAAACAGGUCCUAAAGCAGUAGUUUUUAGUGCUGGGGUUGCUCUGAAUAUAGUAUGCACCAAAUUAAAUUUGAAUUGAUGCUUUUAUUGGAAUCAAUUACCCCAUGUUCAGUUUAAGAACUUUGGGGAUGAACAGAAACAGCAUAUUUGUGCCAUACUUUAGAUUGGACUUUGCACCCCGCCCAGCCUUGGCAGGAAUCUUGGUUACUAUUGUUUUUUCAGAGUAGUUAUAAAACAAAACAAGGAUGAUGGUGUGACUGAUGUUAAAUCUUUAUUUGUAGAGACCAUUCUGAAUCACUUAAAAGCCCGUUUUAUGCCUCAGCCAGUCGCCAUCUGAGAAUUGUUUUAAAAUGAGUGCAGGGUUAAGUUCAGUGUUGUGGACCAUGAGCUUUUCAUUGCUCUUCAAUGAAAGUUUUCAUUUGUCAACCUGCUUGCAGUGUCAUAGUCUUACUUUGAUCCUGACUAGUCAAUGUUGAGGUAUAAGGGAUCUGACAUUGUAUGUAAGAACCAUGCAGCUGUAAUCUGAAUCAACAACUAGAGCAGAAAGUAAAGGAAAAAUCUUUCCCCUCUUUUUUAACAGGAAAAAACACUAAGUACAGAAGAAUACACACUUCAGAAUUAAAGAUAUUACUAGUUCCUUCUCAACUAUUUUAGUUCUGCUGGUCAUAUUUGUGAAACAGGUUGGCAAUGCAUAAUCAGGCUAAAACUUGUACAUUAAAUUUUAUCAAAAUG